UUAUCUUCAUUCAUCUCUCCUAUUUCCAUCAGGAUCCUGCUUUACUCAUUUGAGUUUCUUCAACUACAAAGAUAACAAAAACAAUUUAAAAGAACCAAGCUUUCAUAAGUAAAUCACCAUUAUACUAGCUUCUAGCGACAUAUAUCGAUAUAUGAACGUAAAAUCUCAAGAAAGAAUGUCUCAAGCACAUACUUUACAACAAAUAUUAGAUAUUUUAACCAGUAUGAACAAUGGAAUUCCGAUACAAAUUCAAAAUAGUCCAGACAUCAUUCAUAGUACCCAAAUAAAGCCUUUUAAUAUCAGCGACAAUCAUCAAACUGAAGCAGAAAGGGAUGGUGAAGUAGAAAACCCAGCAACAGUCUUUGAACAACAAGUAGAGGAGAAUCAGGCAAUGAAUUAUGUUCACAAGGAGCACAAGGAUCUAUAUGAAGCAGCAAAGCAAGGCAAUUGGAAACGGGCGGAAGAAAUUUUCAAUGCAGAUCCAGGAGCAACAAUAACAAACAUCACAAUUGAAUCAGAAACAGCAUUGCACAUAGCUGCAGAUCAUACGAAGUGGGAAUUCGCGGAAAAUAUAGUAAGACUCAUGCCACCAAAAGCACUUGAACAAAAGGACAGUAAGUAUGGGUACACAGCAGUUCACACAGCUGCCAUGGAAGGAAACACCAAAGUUGUCAAGUUGAUGCUGAACAAAAAUCCAUGUUUGACAAAGAUACAUGAUAACUACGGAAGGAUACCACUCCACACAGCUGUAAAGUUUGUUUCAGAAGGACAAAUGGAAGUGGUGCACUAUCUUUAUUCUGCUACUAGAUAUGAUAACCCAACUCCUUUCACUGGUCAACGUGGUGCUUCCCUUCUAUGUGAUUUAAUUGAUUCUGAUUUCUACGAUAUUGCAAUGUCUAUUGUGCAACAUUACCCGGAGCUAGUCACUGAGAAAACAAAAAACACUGGUGUGUGCGCAUUAGAAGUGCUUGUUCGGAGACCGUUUUCAUUUCAAAGUGGAAAUAAAACAACAUGGUGGAAAAGCCGCCUCUACUCACUUCUUCAAGUGGACACAGAGGCACCUAGUGACCUUGACAGCAAAGCAGACUUAGAAAGCCCAAGAGACUCCUCAACAGUACAUAGAGGAGCAAUAACAAAGUUAAUCUCAGAGUACAGCAUCACCUUCCUAACUCAAGUUUCUUUUAUCAAAAAACUGUACGACCAAAAGUUGAUAAACAAACAAGCUACGGAAUUGGUCUCUAAUAUGUUAGCACAGAUAGAUAUUACUAUGACCAAGUCAGAUGUUAAAGAAUUUUUCAAAAAAUCUAGCCUCAUGAAGACAGCGAUAACAUACGGGACAAUGGAAGUCAUAGUGCAGUGUCUUGAGAAAUUUCCUUACCUAAUCUGGGAUGAAAUGGAAGGACAAACAAUGGUACAAAUUGCUAUCGCAGAAAGAAAUGACAAGGUAUUCAAUUUUAUAUGCAAAAAAAGUGAGGAAGACAUGGAUGAACUGAAUUCCCGAAUGGAUGAAAGAGGUAACACUAUCUUGCAUUAUGCUGCUGAUAUUGCACCUUCUCACCGACUAAAUUCCGUCUCUGGGGCAGCACUUCAGAUGCAACGAGAAGCACAGUGGUUUAAGGCGGUGGAAUCUAUUUUACUAAAGAGAUACAGGCUUUUGAGAAACAAAGCUGGGAUCACCGCUCAAUGUAUAUUUAUAGAAAAACACAAGGAUUUAGUGAUGAAGGGAGAAAAGUGGAUGAGAGGUACCUCACAUUCAUGUAUCUUAGUAGCAACCCUUAUCUCUAUAGUAGCAUUUGCUGCAGCUUUUACUGUACCUGGUGGCAACUAUAAUGAUGCUAAGAGAAACACCGUCAACGGCCUUCCUAUUCUUUUGAACAGCAAUUCGUUCAUUGUCUUUGCAGUCGCAGAUGCUUUAGCUCUGUUCUCUUCCGUCACAUCAAUUCUUAUGUUCUUGGCCAUCCUAACAUCACGCUAUUCAGAAGAAGAUUUUGUUAAAGCGUUACCACAAAAGUUAAUACUAGGUCUUGCAACACUCUUCAUUUCUAUGGCCACCAUGAUGAUAGCGUUUAGUUCAGCAAUACAUAUCAUGCUUUGCCCGAGAUGGACAUGGAUUAUAAUUCCUAUAACAUCGCUUGGCUGUGUGCAAGUGGCAUUGUUCGUGUGGUUGUUGUUUCCAUUGUUUGUCGAUAUGGUCCAUUCUACAUAUUGGCCUACAAUAUCUAAUAAGAGGAUUCUCCAACGUAAAUUUAAAGGGAAAAGGUCACUGUAGAUACUAAACUUCAUAUGUCAACACUUGUUUUAGUUUUCUUUUCUCUUCUUAUCAUAAGUGUAUCAUAACUGAUGUGUGAUAUGUAACUGCCAGUAGUUUAAAAACGAAAUGAAAUUGAACUGGUGGACCAUAGCAGGUUUAAAA